AUGUUCGGAUACGAGUGUCUGUACUCCAAAAGUCCCCGCUCCUUCCUCUUCUCCGUUGUCGCCAAUGUCGGCCCCUACGGAGCCAGCCGCUCUCUGGCCGUGGCCUACCGGCAGGGCAACGAUAAGGACAUCUCAGUAUCAUCUUCGGAACGUGUUGAGAAUGUUGUGGCAGACAUCCUUGCGCUGAUCAAAAUAUUCUCAGAUCCCGCGAACCGCGCGCCACUUGAGGCGGAGAGGGCACUCGCGGAGGGCUGGUAUAGUCGGUCUCAGGGUGACAACGAGGCUGAGAGUAAUGAGCGGCCUAGCAUUCCAGACAGGCCGCAGCCUCCUUUCGUCAUACCUGAUGGCUCCCAGGAGGAAGAGCAGUCGCAAAUACAGCCCGAGCUGCCAUGGCAUGAUGAUAGGCUCAGCGAGUUUCCCUUUACAACGACCUACCUUUUGCUGGCAUUAUUGCGCAACGAUAGCGAUUCUAAUGCCACUAAUAGCAUCAGCACGCGCCCCGGCGACGUUCAGCUCCAGCCGUUAUCCACUUUGUUCCGUGCUGACUGCCUCGAGUAUGGCCUUGUCGUUCUCGACAUCUCCGACCUUGACAGCGGCGUCAAGUACGGCAUCGUUGGUUUCCCCGUGCGUUAUAUGGCCGAAGUCUCCUAUUGGUGUGAGACUGGUGGCUGGGAUCCAGUUGAAGACCCCCGCCUGAGAAGGAGCCUGACACUCCCGCGGCCUCGAGUGCCGUUGGCUAUUUCUCCGUGGCUACGCAAGUACUUUUACCACAUGAACCUGGAAGAGGACCCCAGGUUCCUGAUACUGAAGAAUACGCCGAUUGUUUAUGCUACAGCCUUAGACUGUAAGUCUGUUUCCUCGCCACCUUACUAUCUCUAG